CUGUUAAAACCGACAGAUUCAAAAUCAAAAUGUGGCCGAGUCUCCAAACGCCCCCAUUAACUUCCCUCUUCUUUUCCGCUUCCCACACCACUCCGCAUACCUAGGGUUUCUCUCCCAUUUCACCAAAACGCAUCCCUUUCAACUGCAAAAAACCACUCAUCAUGAACCAACACUCCCCAAAUUCAAAUUCCAACUCUCUCCAACCGCUCCUGAAAGAAUCAAUCCACAGGUUCUUAAUUGAACACCAAAACGGUGCAACUGAUUUUUCAAAUUUCACCUCAAUCUUCUCUCGCUUUCUCCACAAUUUACCCGACCCACCCCUAGAAAUCGUCUGGUUUUACUCCGCUUUAACUUUUCACUCCACAAAAUUUACUGACACUUCAAAGCAAGUCUUAUUAGUUAAGGACCUAUUUCAGUUACUUGUUUCCUGCUCUUCCUCAUGCAAUGCUGUUAAAAAAAUUGCCGUACUCGCUCCGGUUAUUCACGAGCUGUUUACUGCAGUGAGUGGUAAAAAGGAUUUGAGAGAAGAGAUUGAGAGUUUAACUGAAGGGAUCAUCUGUUAUGUUAGCAUUAAAUGUGCUGAUAAUUCUGAUGAACAUGAAGGGUUUGGGGAUUUAGUUUCGUGUUAUAGGGAGCUAGUGCGCGUGUGGAUGGUUGGGAAAAUUGGGGGUGACUGUAAAUUUGGGGAGGAUUUGAGGUUGUUUUGUCCGGUUGUUAGCGAUGGAGUACGCGAAGGAAUGGUAAGUGAGGGUUUUGGAGUUGGGUACUUGGCUGGUGUAGUCACGUGUGAGGCUUUUUUGUUGAGGUUGUGCUUGAAGUUUGGGUGUGGGUUUUCAAGAGUAGAGCUGGAGAAAGAAUUGCUUAACGGCGCGGCUCAGAUGAUAAGUGCUUUUCGGAGUUAUUAUUUUGUCGGAUUGUUUUUGUUAGCAGAUAUCCUGCUUAGGAUGCUGCUGGAGCCAGUUUUACCUGUCAAUGCAAUGCUGAAUCCCAAAGAUGAGGUCAUUUUACGAGAAGUCUUGUAUGAUGUUGUGAUAACGAUGUCAUAUUCCUUCUCUAUCCCUCAAAAAGGGAUUGAGCCACCUGGUGUACAAUUGAAAAAUCUUGCUCUGACAUGGUUGUUUGUUGCUGACAAUGCCAUACGAUUUGUCAGGGAAAAUGGGGACCGGACAAAAGUCAUUUCUUAUUUGCAAGCCUUCUCUGAAUCUUUCUUACUCUCCCAUUUGAUCAAGUGGGUUAUGAGCCAGCCUGGUGUGCAGAGUAAAACAAAUGCACCGGAUAUUUUCACUCCUGUUGCUGUCAUCAAUUUCUUGAUCAGCUGUCCUUGGUACACUGUGAGCGCCUUCUGUUCUGAAACGUGUCCCACUGUCAUUGCUAACUGGAAAAUUUUGAGUGGCUACUUAUUGUUGAGGAUGAAGGUUCAAGGGUGUUCGAUAGUGGCAUCUCCAAGAUAUAUGCAAAGGCCAUUAUUUGUAAAUCAAGAACAGAGUGUGAGCUUUUGGUUGAUAAGUCAGGUGGCAAGAAUUUGAAUGAAAAUCACUUUUUUUACCCUGGUAAGGAGCUUAAAGCUGAAGAUAAAGUAGAUGGUGAUCUAGAGAUGGUUGAUUCUGCGGACACGAUGCUCCUUGGUGCUCCUGGAUUGAUGAGAUUGACGGAAACUGAUGGUAUAAGGAAACGCAAAGAAGGAAGAAACGACGAAGGGGAUAAACGAGUUAAGUUUUUCAAAUGUCAGCUUGGUGACAAGUUAACAAAGGAGGAGAAGGUUUGGCCAUUGUGUGAUGGUGGUGGUUUUUGCAGUGGGAGUGAGAUAUACAAUCCUUUGUCUGUUGAAAAUGCAGUGUCUAUGGAGCAAUAAGCUUGACUGAGGCAGCAGCUGAGAACAGUGGACAGGCUAACCACAGUGGCAGUUCUUUGCGAGUAGAUGAUGGAAUGAGAACUUUUGUCUUUGCGGCAUGACUUGCAGCUCUUGGAUUGUGCUAUCUUUUCCUCCUGCUGAUGGACGCUCAGAGGCCAAAAUUUCUGCAUUAAAUUUAUCUGCGGGUUUUAGAUUUAUGCCUCCAUGUAUCAAUAGAUGCUCAUAAAAGUAUAUAUGCUAGGAUAUUAUCUUCUUGCAAAC